CUUCAGUGCAACGACCAUGACACAAACAUUCUGCAUUAUAUUUGUCUUUCAGGUGUUCUCUCUAGCGGUGGCUACUGAGAGUGGAAUAGUAGGUGGUAAGGUUUCAAAGCCUCACUCCAGACCCUACAUGGCAUCUCUCCAGUUUAAUGGAAACCACUCAUGUGGUGGGAUACUUAUUCGAGAGGACUUUGUUCUAACUGCAGCACACUGCAAACAACAUCAGCGCAUGACAGUGGUACUAGGGGCACAAUACAUAAGCAAGUUUGAAAAAAGUCAGCAAAAGAUCCAAGUGGCUGACUACCAUCAACAUCCAAAUUACAACGGAAAACAGGAUUAUGACAUUAUGCUGCUUAAGUUAAAAAACAAAGCCACAAUGAACAAGUAUGUGAAGCCCAUUGGAUUACCUAAGAAAAAUGGGAAAACCCCCGCCAAUGUUAACUGUGUCGUUGCUGGCUGGGGCAAAACUGGAAACCAGGAGCCUCCCUCAAAUGUACUGAAGGAAACCACAGAGAAGAUUCAAUUCAGCUUUGAGUGCAAAAGAAUAUGGCAAGACUACUUCAACACAGAUAGGAUGAUAUGCACCAAGUUUGACAAAAAGAAGGGAGGAGUUUGCCAGGGUGAUUCUGGCGGACCACUCAUCUGCAACAACAAGCCUCAUGGUAUAACAGCUUUUACUUUCAAAGAUGAUUGUAAUAAUCCCAAGUAUCCUCAUGUCUUCACUAAAAUAAAUUUCUUUCUUCCCUGGAUUAACAAAAUCAUGCAGAGAUAAGGGGAAUGUUGCAUAAGCCACUAUU